GGCAAAUGGAUGUCCCCAGGCUAGGGGUCCAAUCGGAGCUCUAGCCACCAGCCUACACCAGGGCCACGGCAACACAGGAUCCAAGUCGAUCCUGCGAGCUAUAUCACAGCCCAUGGCAACGCCAGAUCCUUAACCCAAUGGGCAAGGCCAGGGACUGAACCUGCGUCCUCAAUGGAUGCCAGUCAGGUUCGUUGGCCACUGAGUCACGACAGGAACUCCCAUGUUCAAAAAUCUUUAAAUGUUCCAUAGUCCUGAGCCUUUUGGGUGAAUGAGGAGACUCCUGCUCCUGAUUGUCUUUCCUCUAAUGUGCCUACUUUCCAAUUACCCUGGCAAAGCUGAGCCCAGACUUUUAUGUUUUGUGGUCUUAAAUUUCAUGUUUAUGUAAAAUUGGGAGAAACAGAGGAAACUUUAGCAAUGCUAAAACGAAUGGGAUCUAAGUUACUAUAUAUUUCUGUUUGCCUAAAGGCUGGGUGUAAUUUUCAAACCGCACAGUGUACAAGUUGCCUCAGGAUUUUGAUAUUAUUUUGUAUGUAUCAGACAAGAUUUCUAAGCUACAAAUUUUAACUUCUGCCUUUUUGUUUGGAAGAUUCAUUAAUGUAAGUCCUUGGCCAUAAUCUAAAAUUGCCAAGCGCCAUCUCUCUCAGGAUGGGCCCCUUAUGUCCUCUGCCAUGAAGGGCUGGGGCGAAGGCAGAUGCUGGCUCAGAGCUGUUGGAUUGUGACUUUGCAUAAACUACAUGCUCCACUGCGGACAUGAAAAGGCACAAUCAGAGCUCUGUGGUUGACUUCGUCCUCUUGGGCUUUUCUAACUUUCCCGAACUCCAAGGGCAGCUCUUUGGGGUGUUCUUGGUUAUUUAUCUGGUGACCUUGGUAGGAAAUGCCGUCAUUAUUCUCAUCAUCUCGCUGGAACAGAGCCUCCACGUCCCCAUGUACCUGUUCCUCCAGAGCCUGUCUGUGGUGGACUUGAGUAUCAGUGCCGUGGUUAUGCCUGAAAUGCUGGUGGUCCUCUCCACUGAGGAAAUGAGGAUUUCUGUUUCGGGCUGUUUUGCACAGAUGUACUUCAUUCUUCUUUUUGGUGUGACCGAAUGUUUUCUCCUGGGGGCAAUGGCUUAUGACCGAUUUGCUGCAAUCUGCCAUCCUCUGAGCUACCCAGUGCUCAUGAACCAAAGGGUUUUCGUGAAGUUAGUAGGGUCCUCUUGGGUCUCAGGGAUUAUGGUGGCUACUGUGCAGACCUCAUGGGUUUUCAGUUUUCCCUUUUGUGGCCCCAAUGAAAUUAAUCACCUCUUCUGUGAGACUCCCCCAGUGCUGGAGCUUGCGUGUGCAGACACAUUUUUGUUUGAAGUCUAUGCGUUCACUGGCACCAUUCUGACAGUUAUGGUUCCUUUCUUGUUGAUACUCCUGUCUUACCUUCGAAUCCUCCUUGCCAUCCUGAAGAUGCCACCCACCACAGGGAGGCAGAAGGCCUUUUCCACCUGUGGCUCCCAUCUGACGUCUGUUACCCUCUUCUACGGCACAGCCAGUAUGACUUACUUACAGCCCAAAUCUGGCUACUCCCCAGACACCAAGAAGCUCCUGUCCUUGGCUUACACGUUGCUUACGCCUCUGCUGAACCCCCUGAUCUACAGCUUGAGGAACAGUGAGCUGAAGAGAGCUUUGAUGAAGUUAUGGCGAAGAAAAGUGGAAUUACACACCUUUUGACAGUGUGGAGAAACCAUGUGAUGUUUGGUGCUGCCUGACUGCACUGAACUUAAAUUUAGGAAUUGUGAAAAGAGUUUACACUCUUUGGUAUGAAUAUAUGAAUUUGUGGAGUCCUCCAAGUUUGAAAAUAUAUCAGGGAGAUACAGUUCUUUUGAUGCUAUAUUCACAUCCAUUUUUCCAAGGUGCAUAAGUUUGAUGACAUAAAAUAACAAUUUAUUUGUGAAUUCCUCUGUUAUGAACAUCUAAGUUGUUACUGGAUUUUUGUCUUUAGGAUGACACUUUAAUAAAGAAUUAGAUCCAUA